AUGCCAGUCAUCGACCUCAUUUAUCCCACUGCAGAGCACACACCCACUCCGAGUCCGAGUCUGCGACCUCAAACCCCCAGCAACGUAACCAUUGAAGCAACGGAUAGCGCCUCAUCAUCCCCUGAAAUGCGAGUAAUCGACCUCGUCUACCCAACGGGUCACACUCCACCCAAGGAACCAUCACCCACACCACCACCACACGAGAAGCGCCUACGCCGACACCACGCAACAGCACCAUACUCUUUCGACAAAGUGUACCAACGGGCGCUCACCCAGCGGUUCUAUGUGCUCCAACGAACGCCAUGCGGCACGGAGGACUGUCCCGCCGAGUCGUUUGAAAUGACUGGCUCAACGGGGAACAUCUACACCGUCCAUAUCAACCGGGAGCCGAGCUGCGAUUGUCCCCAUGCCCUGGGUGGGAAUCAGUGCAAGCAUGUCAUUUUCAUUCUGGCCAAGGUGCUGCAGGCGCCGGUUGAGCUUGUCUACCAGGAUGCGCUGCUGAGUUCUGAGCUACGGAGUAUUUUUGAGGGUGCGCCGUCCGGGUUAGCUGCCAGGGAGGAAGGGGGAAGCGGAAGGAAGUUGAGGGUGAUUGUCCGAUUUGCUUUUGUGAAUUGA